UUGUAUCCCCGCGGCUGAGAACGAGGAUGUGAAUGAAGCUACUGGCUAGAUCUUUAGCUAGCGUGAAUAGUAUCACAGUGAUAAACUUGAGGUAAUAUGUGCACAAGAACCCAUGGGACAAUCAAGACACAGUAGGACCUGUUUAACGUGUGACCUCACUGGACUCUGCAUUCAGAAUAAACCUACUGGUCCUGAGGUAGCGUGCUAACAAAGUUAGCAUGCAUGGGAAGGAGUCGCCUGUGGUGGACGCAAAACUGAAGCUUUCAACAGAAUCAACCGAUAUCUCACCGAAUCGAGAGGGCUGAGGCAACAGUGACAUGAACCCAAGCCACAAUAACUUCAUGAAGCCGAGUUGCAGCAGCAGUGGCAGCAGCAGCAUCACUGAGCUGCUGGGUGCCCUGUGUGACUACAGCUUAUCUGGAGUAUCAUGGAAGCGCAGAGCCCUGGGAGGAGUAUCGAGAGAAGGCGUCCGCAGAAUUUUGAAGAGGCGUGCCUACGGUGCCCUACUGUCAAAACUAUUUCAAGAUGGCAAUAAAGAUUCACUGUCAGGAUCAUGUGCCACAACUCGUACACCACCCAGAAACAAAGUCCUGAUGAUUUGUUUUGACUUGCGAGUGGCAGGGUGCAGAGAGGAAGCAGAGAGGUUAGAGGAUGAGCUGGGGAGGCUUCCAGAGGGUGCAUCCUCUGGCCUGAUGGAAAUAGACACAGUGCUUGAGCUCCUUGUGCUCCUGGCUGGUUCAGCACCUCCACCACCUACUUCUUUCAGCCAGGACUAUGUGAGACGAGAGCGGCCAGUGCUACGGAGACCUCGACCCUGGUCCUAUCAGAGCAAGGAGUUGCAGAGACUAGAGGCUCGGGCCUGGGGACUAGUGUGUGGGGAGGAAUGGGGGACCUUGGAGAGUUUGUAUUGCACUCAGAGGUUGUUGGAUGCCCCUCCGGGCACAGGGCUGCUGACUCUGAGGACUAAAUUGGACGCAGAAGAAAGAUUUGACAAGGAGACCAGAAUGUCACUGUUUGGAGCACUACAGCAUACCCGCACUUCUGAUAUAGACAUAAGACUGGACCUGCCCCCUGUUCCCAGUAAUAUUGAAGUAACUGGACUGGCUAUCAGGGUCCCACCAUCUUUUGAUCAGUCUGAAGAUGAAGGGUUCCAGUCAGCCUCCAACCUUACCCCAGACUCGCAGUCAGAGUCCAGCCCCAUUCCAGACUUUGAUAUAUGGGAGGCUGUCCGUACUUUUGAGCCACAAAGACGCCGAUGUUGGGAGUCUGUUGGAUGCCCACCAGGGAAAAGGGAGUCUCUCUACCUAACAGAGGGAGGCAGAGAAGCCUUUGACCAGCUCUAUCGUCUGUGGGAGGGAGAGAUGAGGGUAGUGAGCACUGGUACACCCUCUCCUGUCCUCUCACUGCCCCUGGACUCUCAGACACAACUGGUAUCUGACCUCCUCAAUGUCCUCAUCGGGGUGGCAUCUACAACCUUCCCUCUUAAUCAGAGCGUUCAGUUUGAUGUCAGACCUGGCGUGUGCGUGUCGGGAGCGUCUACAGAGAGCGUUUCUCGUCUCUUAGGGGAGCUGGUCCAGUACGGCACUUAUUACUUGAGACUUAGCCGCUUCUCUCAGAAGAGUGCUGACAAGAAGGGCCUAGUCUUCCAGGCUUUUACAGGAGGUCUGAGGAAGUACUUGCAUUACUACAGAGCCUGUGUUCUCAGUACUCCGCCCACCCUCAGCCUGUUGACUAUCAGCUUUCUCUUUCGGAAAGUCGGUCGCCAACUCAGGUAUCUGUCAGAGCUCUGCUGUGUGGACGGGCCUUUGGGUGCAGGCCAGGCUACCUUCCCUGUGGGUGUUAAACUGAUGUCCUACCUGUACAAUGAAGCACAGAAUAACUGCAGCAACGAGAACUAUCCCGUCCUUCUGUCACUGCUGAAGAGCAGCUGUGAACCCUAUACAAGGUUUAUAUCUGACUGGGUGUACAGCGGCGUGUUCCGAGAUGUUUAUGGAGAAUUCAUGAUCCAGGUCAAUGAGGAUUACCUCAGUUUCAGAGACAAACACUUCUGGGUUCAAGGCUACACUCUGAUCUCAAAGGAUGUGGAGGAUUGUGUUCCAGUCUUCCUGAAAUACAUCGCUAAUGAUGUGUAUGUCUGUGGAAAGACCAUCAACCUGCUCAAAAUCUGCUGCCCACAGCAUUACAUCUGCUGGUCAGAGCUGCCAGUGCCUCGCAUCGCUGUCACCUUCUCCCUUCAGGAGGUUGAGGAGAUUGAGAGGGACUGUGCAGUGUACCGCGGACGCAUGGAGAGGAUUGCCAAGCAUAGUGCCAUCAGCAGGGAGGAGAAGGCCCUGCGUACAGAGCAGACACGCCAAGAGCUGAUCAAUCAGGUCAGAGAGUCAGCAGCCAAAACUCUGGAAAGCAUCCGUGGGCGGCAGGUGUCACAACGUCUGGCUGAAGAGGCCAAGAAGAGGGAGCGUUUUGAGGAGCUGACGCAGCACCUGGACCAGGAGCAAGAGUGGAGAAAUGAAGCCAAGAAAAAGCAGGAGGAUGAUGACUUCAGCUUUGCCAGAGAGUUGAGGGACCGCGAAAAGAGACUACAAGCUCUGGAGGAGCAGCUGGAGCAGAGAGCCAGGAAAGAGCUGAUUGCGCAGUACAGUCGUCUGUCAGAUGAGGCUGCCCGCAGAGAGAGACGGGCCUUGUGGAGGGUGCAGCGAAUCAGACUUGAUGAAGCUCGUGUUCAGUUCUUAAGUAAUGACAGCCAGCAAAUCCAGGCAAUACUAGAGAAAUAUCCAUUGGGUCAGUUGAGACCUCCUGUAGAGGUAUUGCCACAUGGACCCUCAUCACAACAGACUGCACCACAGCCAACACAGGUAUCUCCUAAUCAAGAGCCAUCUGAGCAGCAGCCGGCAGAGACCCAAGAAUACGAUAGAGUAUCUUCACCACCUGCACCUGACCUCACAGCAGACCCUACCCUCAUUUCUGAGGACAAUAACAUCAAUGAUUUUCUCCCCAAGUCACCAAACCCUGACAAUCGGCAACUGGAUAUGGCCCUUAAAGAGAUUGGCUCUGGCCCACCUGAACUCUGCUCUACAGCACAACUAGUUGACUAUGACUUCAGUGCCCCCUUUAGUCCACUUGAGGGAAUGACUGGCCAAGUCUUAGUUCACUCAAGGCCUCACUGGGGACCUGCUGUCCAACCUGACUUGAUCAAAACCCACCCCUCUUUUUCUCACAUCCCUAUCGGAGAGAAUAUGUCUCAAGUCCUAGAGCGUGUCCCCAAAGCCAGCCCCUUUGGUCAAGCUUCCAAAUCCAGCUUUACUUUCGGCCAGUACUACCCAGAGGAUCACCAAAAUAAAUGUGAGGCCAGUGUUUACCGACGUCCGUCUCUGGAUGGGACUGCUUCAACCACACAUGACAAGCAAGAGGAGGAGACUUUGAUGAGGACUUUAUCAGACGUGAAAGAAGAUGAAUAUAAAACUGCUGAACCUACUAAUGAAAAUAGUGCGGUUGUUAUUUCCCCCUCCAAUAUUCCAGGUCCAGGCAGUGGUGACCAUAAAGCAGUGAAAAAUGUUGGAGUUAAAAUACCGGACCCCCAAAGCUUUGAUGAACAAGGCGAAGCUGGGAAAAAUGUUCCUUUGCCAAACAUUCAUGGUCAGGUGUCAAGUUCACACCUAAAGGUUGGCGAGCUGGUUUCAGAUAUUGUUGUUCCUCAACCAUCACCCAACAUUCAUGGACACUCCUCCGAUUCCCACAUCAAGAUCGGAGAACAUGUUUCAGAGGUUGCUGCUUCUCUACCUUCCACAAGUGUUCACGGCCAUGCCUCUGAUGCUCACAUCAGAGUUGGGGAAAAUGUGUCAGAAUUCGUUGCUCCUCUACCUGCUCCAAAUGUCCAUGGCCAUGCCUCAGAUGCUCACAUUACAGUUGGGAAAAAUGUGUCAGAAUUCGUUGCACCACUCCCUACUCCCAGUAUCCAUGGUCACUCUUCUAAUGCGAAUAUAAAAGUGGGUGAAUUUGUGUCCAAUGUAUCCGAAGCACUACCUCAUUGGAAUAAGCACGGGCAUGCAUCAGACUGCAUGCUUCAGCCAGGAUGUGUGGUAUCUGGACUUCAACCAGUCCCGUCUCCUUUGCCCGGAAGCGCUUAUGGCCACUCCUCCGACUCAGCGUUAGUUAUUGGAUGUGUAGUUUCCGGAGAUGAACCCAGUUUUCCUCCUCAACCUGGAAGCGCUCAUGGCCAUUCUUCGGACUCAACUUUAGGUGGUGGGUGUGUUGUGUCAGGGACUGGAACACUUCCAUCUCCACUACCAGGCAGCGCUUAUGGCCACUCCUCCGACUCAGCGUUAGUUAUUGGAUGUGUAGUUUCUGGAGAUGAACCCAGACGUCCUCCUCUACCUGGAAGCGCCCAUGGCCAUUCUUCACACUCAACUUUAGAUGGUGGGUGUGUUGUGUCAGGGACUGGAACACUUCCAUCUCCACUACCAGGCAGCGCUUAUGGCCAAUCCUCAGACUCAACAUUGGGUGUAGGUUGUGUCGUCAGGGGGACGGAUCCACAACCCUCUACAUUUUCUGGCAGUGCUUAUGGCCACUCUUCUGAUUCUUCACUUGGAGUUGGAUGUGUAGUGAAGAGCAAAGUUGGUGGCGACAGUAAAGGUUUUAAGUUAGAGAGCGCCAGUGAGCAGCUGCUUGAGGACAUUGGGACGUGGGCAGCAAACUUUGGUUUGUCCCCUGGAGAAAGGUCUGAGCAGGAAUACCUCUUCACUUUGUCUGCUCAGUACGAGGUGGACCAAUAUGAAGACAGCUACAACCUAAUGGCUUCAUCCCCCGAGUGUCAGCUGCUGAAGCAGGUAACUCGGGGCCCCUGGGGCCUUCCCAUGGACCCGACACUCCGCAGAGCUACAGACACAACCGCCAUCCAGCUCAGCGAGAUGGUGUCUCUGCCAGUUCUGAUAAAACACUCUGUCACUACUCCGCUCAUCACACAUGUGUCUUUGGUGAACAAAGCGGUGGUGGACUACUUCUUUGUGGAGCUGGGAGUGGAAAGGCACUUUGAGGCGCUGCGCCACUUCCUGCUGAUGGAGGACGGCGAGUUUGCACAGUCUCUCAGUGAUCUGCUCUUUGAAAAGCUGGGCAGUGGUCAGACUCCUGGCGAGCUGCUGACUCCUUUUGUCCUGAACUCCAUCCUAAGCAAGGCCUUGCAGUACAGCUUACAUGGUGACACUCCACUGGCUGCCAACUUCACCUUUGCCCUUCGCUUCUUCCCCGAGACGUUUCACCCACAUGCCCCCGACUCUCUCAACUGUCUGGAGCUACGCUACAGGGUGGACUGGCCACUGAACAUCAUCAUCACGGACAGCUGCAUGAACAAAUACAACCGCCUGUUUUCAUUCCUGCUGCAGCUUAAACACAUGGUGUGGAGCCUCCGUGAUGUCUGGUUCCACCUCAAGAGAACAGCACUGGUGAAAGGUGCAGGUCGCUCGGUGCAGUUUCGUCAGCUGCAGCUUUACAGACACGAGAUGCAGCAUUUUGUCAAGGUGAUACAGGGAUACAUCGCCAACCAGAUCCUGCAGGUGUCGUGGAGCGAGUUCACCGCCAAGCUGGCCACUGCCAGCGACCUGGACGCCAUCCACCGCACACAUGCAGACUACCUCAACAGAGCCAUCUUCAGGGGUUUGCUGACAGAGAAAGCUGCUCCAGUCAUGAACAUCAUCCACAGCAUUUUCAGUCUGAUCCUCAAGUUCCGGGCUCAGCUGAUCACGCAGCCAUGGGACACCCAGCACGGGGAGGCGGUGCACCCCAGCUUCAUUGCCAUGCAGCAGUCGUACAACACCUUUAAGUAUUACUCGCACUUUCUUUUCAAAGUGGUGACCAAGCUGGUUAACCGAGGAUACCAGCCUCAUCUGGAGGAUUUCCUCCUUCGCAUCAACUUCAACAACUACUACAAGGACACCUAAGUGGAGUGCUGCAGUAUCAAAGCUGUGUAUCAGCUUGUUGUCCAAAUUAAAUAGAUCAAUUUAAUUAUUUACACGUUUAGAAUCUCCAAAAUUAAGUUUGGAAAAAAAAAAAACAUCAAAAACACUCCUGGACCGUACAGUAUAUUAAGGAAUGGUUUGACAUUGAAACCACAUUAGGAAAUUAAACCGCAUCAGUUUGCAGGAUCUGAGCUACAUGCCUGCUGCUUGAUUAAUUACACUGCUUCUUAAAACUGUAUGCUGCCAAAGUUUGUAAUUGUGAUGAACCUUAUGCCCACUGUAAUGCCUCCCGUGCUCAGUUGGGCCUCCGGCUGUGUAGAAUGUAAAUGCACAUAAACGUAAUCGCAGUUCUAUGUAAAUACAAGGGAUAAUGCGUUCUUUAAUAUAUGCAAAUAUCAUUUGCUGUUGGAUCGUAAAGAGUUUUUUUUUAUGAUGUAAAUAAACAUUCAUUGAGUGAAAAGUAUCAAAGCAUGUGCAUUUUUCCAAGAAAAGAAGGAAAAGAUAAGUGCAAUGCAUAGUUGUAAGUGGACUCUAUCGACUUCUAUUUACAAAAAGUUUUCUUUUAACUAUGAAUUGUGCUUUUAUUCUUCAAUUAACAGGCUGCAACUGUCAUCUUCUUCAUAUGUCAAAGUCGUCCAUUAUUUACGUCAGUUUACGCCAUGAUUCGUGAGUAGCUCAUCAUCCUCAUCAUCACCUCUAAUUAUUACUUCACUGGCAGAAAAAGCACUUCUACACAAAGUUUCCACUUUGUACUAAAGAGCUCCGGUGUGAAGUAGCGGGAGAAGCAGAUGCCAGGCAGAAUGAAGUAACUUUCCUGUUGAU